AUGCGUGCCACCGCUGCAUCUACCGCCGCAGCGGAUGCCAGCCCGCCGCCUCCUCCUCCUACCGUGCUGAUCCCGGGGUUCCUGAGCAUGGGCGACUGCUGGUCGUCCGGCGAGCUGGCGGCGCGCGACGGCGCGCGCGCCUUUCUCCCCACCCACCCGGGCCCGCUCUCCUCGCACCACGACCGGGCGGUCGAAGUGUUUUACCAGCUCGUCGGGGGCACGGCCGACUACGGCGCCGCGCACGCGGCAGAGUGCGGCCACGCGCGGUACGGGCGGACGUACGGCGGCCUCUAUCCGGAGUGGAGCGCCCGCCGUCCCGUCGACCUCCUCGGCCACUCCAUCGGCGGCGUGACGGCGCGCGUGCUGCUCGACCUCCUCCGCAGACGUGCCUUCGCCUCGCACCCGCAAACCUCGGCGGCGUGGGUGCGGUCGCUCGCCGCCCUCUCGUCUCCUCUGAACGGGGACCCGGUCACCUUUGCCCUCGGCGCCUGCCCUCCGCCGCCCGCCGCGCCGACGGCGCGCACCUCGUCGCCUUCUUCGACUUGCGCGUGA